AUGGAGUCUCUUCCUCUCACCACUAAAACCCCAUUCCUCACCGCCACUACUCUUCUUCCAUGGCUUUCAUCCUCCAAUAGAACACCAACAAGAACUCUUUAUCUAAACCAGAGAAAAACCAACAAGGUUUUUGCCUCAUCAAGCUCACACGAUGAACAGGAUCAUAAAAACCUUAAAUUCAAUUCUGAAGACCUCAUGGAUCUCAAAUUCGGUCGUUUACUUGGCGAGGAUCCUAAACUCACUCUUGCCAAGAUUAUGGGAAGAAAAAUCAACCCUGAUGCUUCUUAUCUUGAUAUUGAGAAAUCAUUUUAUAAAAGAAAAAAGGGUAAAGUUGUGGAAAUUGAGGAACUUCCAUUUGAAGUUGAUAGACCUUGGGCAAAGACUUCACCUCCCAAACCACAACUUGAACCCAAUGAUGAUGAUGGUGAUAAGAAUGUUGCAAUGGAGAUUAAGAAACCUAGCUUGACGCCGAGGAAGUUGGGGACUGUUAGGAAAAGUAGUGCUCCUAAGGCUAUUUUGAGAAAACCGUCGUUGUUUAAAAAGGAGGAGGAUGAAGAGGAGAGUGUGUCUUCGAGGUUGAUGUUGAAACCAAAUUUGAGUUUGAGUGGACAAGUGAAGGAGAAGUUUAGUGACAUGACUUUGUUGAGGAAGCCGGGGUUGUCGAUUGGAGGGAAUAGAGAUGGUGGGUUGAAGACGCGGAAAGAAGAGCCGGGUUAUGAAGUUGCUAACUUGACUUUGUUGGAACAACCGCAUAGACCGGGUUCUAAUAAAAAACUAGAGAAGUUUGUGAAGCCGGAUGAUGGAGUUGCUAACUUGACAUUGUUGGAACAACCACAUAGACCGGGUUGUAAUAAAGAACUAGAGAAGUUUGUGAAGCCAGGUGAUGGAGUUGCUAACUUGACGUUGUUGGAACAACCACACAGACCAAGUAGUAAUAAAGAACUAGAGAAGUUUGCAGAGACGGGUGAUGAAGUCGGUACAUUGAGCUUGUUGGAACAACCACAUAGACCAAGCGGCAAAAAAGAAGAAGAGAAGUUUGACGAGCCAAGUGAUGAAGUCGCUGAUUUGAGCUUGUUGGAACAGCCGCACAGACCAAGCGGCAAAAAAAAACAAGAGAAGUUUGAAGAUUCAAGUGAUGAAGUCGCUAAAUUGAGUUUGAUGGAACAGCCGCACAGACCAAGCGGCAAAAAAGAACAAGAGAAGUUUGACAAGCCAAGUGAUGAAGUCACUAACUUGAACUUGUUGGAACAGCCGCACAGACCGAGCGGCAAAAAAGAACAAUAUAUGUUUGAAGAGCCAAGUGAUGAGAUCGCUAAAUUGAGCUUGUUGGAACAACCACACAAACCAAGUAGUAAAAUAGAACGUGAGAAAUUUGAAGAUCCAACAGAUGAAGUCGCCAAAUUGAACUUGUUGGAACAGCCGCAUAGACCAACUGCCCAAAAGGAACAAGAGCAGUCUGGAGCGCGAAGUGAUGAAGCUAAGAAGGUGAUCUUGUUGGACCAACCACAUAGACCAAACGACAAAAAAGAACAAGAGAAGUUUGAAGAGCCAAGUGAUGAAGUCGCUAAAUUGAGCUUGUUGGAACAGCCACACAAACCUAGCAGCAAAAUAGAACAUGAGAAUUUUGAAGAUCCAAGUGAUGAAGUUGCUAAAUUGAACUUGUUGGAACAGCCGAACAGACCAAGCGGCAAAAAAGAACAAGAGCAAUCUGGAGAGCCAAGUGAUGAAGCCAAGAAGGUGAUUUUGUUGGAACAACCACACAAACUAAGUGACAAAGAUGAAAAGCAGUUUGGAGAUGGAUCGAAACAAGAUGAGCAGAGACAACCAGAGGUUCAUCAGGAGCCUAUCAAUUUAAAUCAACCGUCUGAUUUAAAUUAUGUUGGUUCUAAGACGGAAUUGUCCGUCGAAGCUGCAAUAGAAGGAAGUCCAAAAAGAUUAGAUCAGUAUGUGAAACAAACCUCAAAGCCUGUUGAAGAAAAAACCGCUUCCCUUGAUCCUGGAAGUCGCGGAAACAGUGAAGAAUCAGGCAAUUUUGUUGAUGUGUCAGAUAUUCAGGAAGGCGAAGAUGCUGAUUGGACCAAGGCAAAAAGUUUGAUUAAGAAUGGAUAUAGAGAUGAUGUGGAACUAAUAAGCUGCAGCACCCAGGGUUUCGUUGUUUCUUUUGGUACCUUGGUAGGAUUUCUGCCAUACGGUAAUCUUUUGUCCAAGUGGAAGUUCUUAGCUUUUGAAUCAUGGUUAAGGCAGAAGGGCUUGGAUCCAUCAAUGUACAAGCAAAACUUGGUCAAUGUGACACAUAAUGAUGCUGAAAUUAAUAAUUUGUCGUCCGAUUCUCCUUCGCAUAUGGAGAAUGAUAGUAAACUUGAAGAUAAAAUUUCUCCAGAUAUGAAAUUGGAAGAUCUGUUAAGGAUUUAUGGUCAAGAGAAAAUCAAUUUCUUAUCAUCAUUUGUUGGAAAGAAAACCAAAGCAUAUGUGUUGUUGGCAGACAGAAAAUUGAAAAAACUCAUAUUUUCACUCAAACCAAAAGAGAAGGAAGCACUAACUGAGAAAAGGAGAGAACUUGUGGCUAGACUUCAAGUUGGUGAUAUAGUGAAAUGUCGCAUCCAGAAGAUAACUUACUUUGGAGUUUUUGUUGAGGUUGAAGGAGUUUCUGCACUAAUUCAUCAGUCAGAAAUAUCUUGGGAUGCCACGCUGGACCCAUCUAAAUAUUUUAAGAUUGAUCAGGUUGUAGAGGCAAAAGUUCACCAAAUAAACCCCACUCUUGGGCGCAUAUUUUUAUCAUUAAGGGAGGUCACGCCUGAUCCAAUGUUGGAAUCCUUAGAGUUUGUAGUUGGGGAUCAUGAAUCCUUUGAUGGAAGAUUGGAAGUGGCUCAAACUGAUGCAGAGUGGUCUGAAGUCGAAUUUCUUAUGAAAGAAUUGCUAAAAAUUGAGGGAGUCCAGUCUGUUUCAAAAGGCCGUUUUUUCAGGAGCCCUGGUUUAGCUCCUACAUUUCAGGUUUAUAUGGCAUCCGUCUUUGAAGAUCAGUACAAGUUGCUUGUCCGAUCAGGAAACAAAACACAAGAGGUGAUGGUUCAAACUGUUUUAGAUAAAGAAAUGAUGAAGGCAGCUAUUAUAACAUGUGCAAGUAAAGUAGAAUAG